AUGUCACUGCAAACACGAUCAUUACAAAAAGUUGAACUUAUACCACUGUCCCAAAUUAUCAGACCGAUUCCUCCGGUUCUUGAUUACUCCAAGAUAGAUACUAUGGUUUCCACAUUAGGUGGUAAUCCAAUGGCUUCAGCUACCUGCAAGCUAGAGGAUAUUACCCCUGGUGAAUUGCCACCCAUCGAUGUUUUGGUGGUGUCCGACAAGGGUAAUAAGAAGUAUUUUGCCUUUGGAGGUUGUCAUAGAUUUCAAGCAUACGAGAAAAGCGAGACCCCAAUGGUGAGAUGUAAGGUCUUACCUUGCACCAAAAAACAGCUUUCAGUUUAUCUAGGAUCUUCCGUCGAUAAGUUUUUUGAGAGUUGA